CUUUUUGGUAUUAACAAAGGGGCUCAAACCCCUAAAGCCCCCUAGCACUUAACCCAUGAUUUUACCUAUCAGUCCUCUGAACUCAUCCACUCCGAUCAAUGCAACGGCUGAUUUUUUGUUGUUUGGUUAGGCCUUUUCCUUAUGACAAAGGCCAUAUCACAACGAACUUGGAAGUACGACUUUUCUUUCUUCAGCAUUAACUUAUAGCAACAGCGAUUAUAAAUGAAGCAAUAACAAUUAUUAGAAGUUGGGAGGAGUAGAUGUACGCCUUAGCUUUUUAUUUGUUUACGGUCAUGAGAAAAUGAGCCUUAAGUCAUAGAUUUAGUUUCUUGAGAAAAUUGUUUGCUGUUCAGCUCUCUGGAUUUUCUUUCAUAUGAUUUUUGAUAAAGUCUUGAAAUGUUGCGUUGUAUAGUUUUUGCUAAGUUCACACACUCUCUUUCAAUAUUUAAAAUUUUUAAAAGCUUUAAUUGCAUUGAGAAUGUAAAGAAAUGACAAUAAUGAAAAAAUAGGCACCACCAAUUUUAAUAUUCACAAUAACACAACAAAAGAUAUGGAUUUUGUUCUAUCUCUAUGAUUUAGAUGGUGUUUGACGGGCUCCUCCGAGUAAUGUCGUCAUAAGAAAGCUGGCUCCCAUUUUGCUGAUUUGUACUAAUUGAACGAAUUUGGCCUGAAUACCGAUAAAAAUGAGAAUUUGCCCAUCUUUCGUCAUUGCUAGUUUAAAUUCUAACUUAAAAAUAUCGAUGUAAGUGCUUAGGCAUUAGGAUGUAAAUGAAUUAUAACUGCAAAAAUGGAAGAAAUUAUGCUGUAUAACCAUGCUUUUACGAGCAAUUUUUUUAUUGCAAGAUUCAAAUGACAUUACUUUGUCAAAAACCAGAAGUGUGUGGGCUCCAUGCGGGGGGGGGGGGAGGCGAAGAAAUUUUUGCCUGAAAUAGACCAAAAUUUUCAUGGGGUAUAGUCAAACUAGCACUAACACAAACCAAUGAAAUGAUAUGAUUUGAACUUUGAAGACGUUAGCAGACGAUUUCUUUAACACUAACUGGUCAUUCUGCAUGUGCACAAGGAAGUAUGACAUUGCGGCACAGGAAUGCGACAGCCUCGUUUACAGUAUGAAACUUUGAAUUUUGACGUUGCCACCACUACAGGACGUGGCAAAAAGCGUAUCUCUUCAUAGUUGAGAAUUGCCUGGGGAUUUUUGCCUGAAUCCCGCACCCCAUCUUCAAAAAGAUGGGUAAAUCUAGCACAAAAACACACCAAGAAAAUGACAAAUCGAAGGCAGAUAUUUGCAAGGAUGCAGAUCCCGCAGCAAAAGAUAAGGCUGCUGUAGCACUUGAUUUAGGCCACGACGACAGGGCGGCUGCGGUUUUGUACUGGAACAAGAGAGCUCGAAUAAAAUGGGUUGUAACAUUGUUCCUCGGUGCAUUUUUGGUUUAUGCAGCAAGGACAUCAAUGUCAAUAUCUGUAAUGGCUAUAUCAGCAGAACUUGGAUGGAAUAAACAGGUUUCUGGUAUGGUUCUAUCAUCCUUCUUCGCUGGCUAUGUUACUACGAAUGUUCUUGGUGGAUACCUUGCUGAUAAAUACAGUGGUGAAAAGGUUAUGUUAUAUUGCUCUGUUUUGUGGAUCACAAUGACAGCAUUAGUUCCUUUAUUUGCCAGAUAUCAUGGCUUUCUUUUUAUGUCAAGUACUUUUGGCGUGCUUGUAGCCAGGUUCCUGACUGGAGUCGGACAAGGUAUGCAUUUUCCAUCCAUGACCACCAUAGUUACUCGCAGGAAUCCGAUAAAUGAAAGACCGUUGGUUUGGGGAAUAUCAAUUUCUGGAUCUGCUCUAGGCACAAUAUUUUCUGGUUUUGCAGGAUCAUUCAUUAUAGAAAAUAUUGGAUGGCCAAGUUUCUUUUUUGCUGUUGGGGUACUAGGUUAUAUUUGGUCCUUCUUUUUACGAAUGAAUGUGCAUGCAGUUUCUGAAAAAGAUGAUAUGACUCUCAGCAAAGCAAAUAAGCCUUUUGCAAAAAAAGAAUCCACUCCCUGGCUACUUUUGUUCUCAAAGUUAGAGACAUGGGCACUUCUUGUUGUUUAUUUUUGUAAUAAUCUCUGUUUUUAUAAUUUGCUAUCAUGGCUUCCAGUUUACUUUCAUGAAACAUUCCCACAUAGCAAAGGAUGGGUCUUUAAUGUUGUUCCGUGGAUUGCAAGUUUUGCUGUCUCAGUGCUUUCUGGAUAUGUUGCCAGAAGUCUUAUAAACAGCAAUUUUUCAGUGACCUUUGUACGUAAGCUAUGCACAUCAGUAGCUCUAUAUGGAGGAGGGACGUUUCUCUUACUUCUAGACUUUGCAGAAACAUUUGAACAAGCAUUAUUUCUUAUGACAAUGAUACUUGGUGUCAUGGCAUUUUCAAAUGUAGGCCCGGUACAAAAUGCCCAGGAUCUUGCUCCAAAAUAUGCUGGUGCAUUGUAUGGAGUGAUGAACUCAUUUGGUGCAUUUGCAGGCAUUGUAGGAGUUUACCUUAGUGGACACUUACUUGAAGCAUUUGGCAAAUGGUCAGCUGUAUUUCAUUUGUCCUCUGGUGCUUGCUUUGUUGGUUGUACUGUUUUUCUAAUAUUUGGAUCAGGAGAACGUAUAGUUUAGAUUUUUGUUAGACGCAACACAACUAGACAGAGAUAAAAACCUAGACAGAGUAACUCAGAUUUUGUAAAUUCUUUUCUGUUCUUAUUUGUGAUGCUUUGGCAUGCCAUUUAAUUAAAACAUUCAUAAAACAAAAUAUUUCAUUAAUUCUCUAAAAAAUUAGGAUUAGUACUUCCUGGAAAGUUUUAGUCAUAUACUUUUAGUUUAUAAUGCUUUUGUCAGAUAACUUAAUUGUAAACACAGCAUAAACAAAAAUUUUAUCCUGUUUACUUUAUGGUGUAAUUGUGUCAUUUAUUAAUAUUUUGCUUGUUUCCAAAUACAACAAAUAUUAUAUUAUUACAGAAUCAAUAUUUCUGAUGAACUGGCAAGAAUUCAUUAUUGAAUUUUAAUUUUUGAUGAAAGUUUCAUGUUUAUGUCCCAUCAGUGGUGGCUGGCACAAAAUUAUCAUGGUACUAGUAAAGCAAAAAAAUCUCAGGCAGAGCAAACUAGCUAGAGAAAGGGUGGUGCAGGGGCGUGGUUCCUGGAAAAUCUUUGUUUUUAUAGAUAAUAUGGCCAAAUAGUCUUUUAAUGGCGGGUCAAAAGUUUUCAUACAAUACCUCGGUUUGUUUGACAUCAUGUGAUAUUGUUGGCUGCAGGGUUUAAGUGGCCUCCAGCAUUUUAUCACUAAAAAGAGGAAUCUAGUACUGCAAACAAUUUUUUCAUUGUUGGAUUGUUAAAAGACAAACGGUUUUACAUCACAUUGAGUUACAAAUGACAAUGGGACAGACUUUGGCAGUACUGGGUGAAUGAGGUCUAGUACCAUGGUGUACAUAAAGGGCUCAUUCAAUGCCAAUCUUAAUUAAGAUAUGGUGUAUUCUGCCGCUCUUCCCUUUUUUCACCAUUAACUCAAUUGUCAUGGAAAAAAGCAAAAUCAUACAAUACAUAAAUAUUUCAAGCUUUCAAAAUAAAAUGGUACUGGUACCACUAGUACCGCUGCAAGCCGCCACUGUGUCCCGUAUUAGGAAAAUAAAAUGAUAGAAAUUCAACUCCAAAUGCUUCUGUUUCUAAAAAAUUAUCAGCAUGCAAGAAGUUAAGGCUAGUAUCUUAAUUAUUUGUUUAGGAAUCCAUUAUUUUGAAAUAACAUAAUUUUUUCAAGGCUGUUUAUAAUAGUAGCAAUUGGAUUUAGAAAUACAUUUAUCUUAUAUGGAAAAGUACAAGAGACUAAUGUACUUGUUAUAAUUAAAACUGCUAUAUGAGAGUUAAAAAUGAGCUGGGCUCCUCGCAUAUGGCAAUUAAAUGCUUGUUAAAAAAAACAUUUGACAAAAUAUCUUUAUUCAUUGGAAAUGGUAGUCUCAGUUUGUCAUGCCUUUUAAUUUCUACAAUUUUUCUUGUUUUUAUUACAAAUGUAACACAACAUGUACCUGUGUGAUGCCUAGUAAAUUUAUGCAUGCAAUGCCUAAGUGUGAAUGCUCCCAAACACCAUGAAUAGAGGAACCAGCAACAGGAACAAAUGUAACCUGCCGAAAUCUUUGACAAAAUAAUUUAGUUGUUAAGAAGUAUCAAUGUUAGAAAAUUGAUG